GGUACGAUAGAAAGCUGCCAUGCGCAAGCGGUACAUACGAAUGCAGAAACAUUCUCGACUCAAAAUAAGAAAACGGUGUCACAAAAGUCGUGCCUGAUUCCGGCUUAAAGAUAUAGAAAUUCCAGGAACAGAAGUUAAUCGGUGAAGUCAGCUCCAUUUAUGAAAGAUUUCCUGAAACGGGCCGUCAAGAGUUUUGGGUGGCACGCGUCCGCGGCUCUGUGUGCUCGCGCGGUGCUGGGGAUGCGCUCGUGGCGAACGUCAGGUGACAGCACAGGUUAACUCUUGAGUUGAAAGAGGUUAAGGAGCUUUUUCCGUGGUGAUGACAGCGAUCAAGGGCUUGGGGAGGAACAUACCCUAUCUCCGUCAACAGUUCGCAGCCUUCCUAGGAAACAUGAGCAAUAGCGUAAAAUUCAUUUGCAUCGUCGUACUCAUCUCGUAUUGCCUCUCCUUCUCGGAGGAUGCUGUGAAGGCGCUGAGCGUAACGCCAGGUUAUCUGUUGCCUCCCGCGUUCUGGAUAUGGACUGCCUUUACCUUCUGCUUCCUGGAGAUGCACUUCUGGGAGGUGUGCGUCGACAUCAUCACCAUGGGGCUCUGCAGCAAGCUGAUAGAACCCCUCUGGGGAGCUCUGGAAAUGAUGACUUUCUUCGCCAUUGUAAAUGUUGGAGUUGCGGUGCAGUCCGCAUUGUUUUACCUUUUUCUUUACAUGUGCACCAGUGAUACCGAUUUGCUGUUCGAUGUACAUAUUCACGGACUUGCAGGCUAUAUCGCAGGAGUAACCGUGGCUGUGAAACAAAUUAUGCCAGAUCAUAUUUUAAUUAAAACUCCUAUGGGAAAAAUCACAAAUCGGAACAUUCCUCUUAUAAUAUGGAUGGUUGGGUUGUCACUUUGGCUACUGGGACUAUUGGAAGGCACGUACCCAACCAUGUUUCUCAGUGGUUUACUAGUAUCAUGGAUCUACUUGAGAUUUUAUCAAAGGCAUAGUAAUGGUACUAGAGGGGAUAUGGCAGACAAUUUCACAUUUGCAAGUUUCUUUCCAAAUGUUUUACAACCGCCGAUCGCAGUUGUCAGCAACACGAUCCAUGGAUUUUUCGUCCGUAUGGGAAUUUGUAAGAAGGUGGUUCGACGGUUUGACAUGUCCAAUGCACCUCCGGGUCUUGUCAUUAACUUGCCUGGUAUCGAUCCUCAUGACAGUGAAAGACGCCGGCAAAUUGCAUUGAAAGCUUUAAGUGAACGAUUAAGCAAAGACCACACAAAGUCGUGGCAACAAGAUAGAAGUAAGAAACAUUCUCCUGUACCUCCAGCAGUUUCGAUACCAAUUCCCGAAUCGACUGCUCCAAAACCACUUGCCUCUCCUCUUAUUCCCCAAAUCAAUGUCAACAUUCACAGUCAUCCAUCCACUUCGGCAACGUGAUCCUCUUAAAGAAACUGAUUUCAACGAGUCUAUGCUUUAGAUCGCCAAGAAACUUCUAGGUAUAUUUGCGUACGUAAAACGGGUAUCAGUACGGAAAUAUUGGAGGAAAUGACUGAACCCUAAGACUACGUAUCUUUAUGCGCAAAUACAUUUUUAUUUACUUAUUCCUGUUGAAAAAGUUGAAAAUAUCUAAUUCAAUGUGAGUUACAUUAGAUCAUAAAACAAUGAAUUUUAUGUGUUGAAUAUUAAUAUUAACAGGUAAUUGUGCUUCUUUUGAGAUAUGUAAUGAAAGGUUGUCAAAAUUACUUUGACAGUUUAAAAAUGUGUCGGUUAAAUCGUUAUGAGAAACAAAACCCAAUCUAAUUAUCUAUUUUAUCACAUUUAUUAAGAUUAAAUAGAACAACACAUUUUUUUUAAUGGAUGUGAUCAAGUAUAUUCUGGUAACGAAUACUAAAUAUAUAAUUUUGAUUGUUAUGGUUGUCAGGAGAAUUUAGUGUUAUAACAGUCACUGAAAGCAGACAGCCAAAAAAAUGUUAAUUUCCUAUGGAAUAUCAUUGCUUUUUAAGUAUUACAACUUAUAGAAACAAAUUUCCAAAUUUAUAGGCUACGGCAGAUCUCGGACAAAACUGAUUAACACUUUUUUCUGACGUUGAUUUUGAAAUAGGCUUUUGUAAGUUUUGCAAGGAAUUUGAUGAUUCAAUAUGAAGUUGCAGAUAUAUUGAAAUCAGUUCCUUUACGUUAGUCUAGAGUAACGUUUCAGUACUCACAACUCAUUCGUAUAUUAAUCCAUUGUAGAAAUACAUUUCUAGACACAUUACACUGCUUAUUACAUUCUACCAAUUUCAUUUCAAUCAUUUUCUAUCACAAAAUACUUCACUUUAUAUUUGUUGAUUUCAUUUACAUCUAAUUAAAAAAAAAAAAACUGCUAUUUACUAUAUUGUUACGCUUUAUAGAUUUUCUGUACAUAUUAAAGUAGAAAACAGAAACGGUGUGCAAGAGUAUAAUGGUAGUCUCAGUGCUUCUUUCAAGACUGUGGCAUAACAAAUAUUGAUAUUUUUGUACGCAUUUGCAAUUAAUAAUAGAAGAGUAUCUUUAAUAUUUCCGUUGUGAACUUAUUGUCAUGAAAUAAAUUAUGCAAUCAACGUUUAUAUGAAGAUAAUAAAAGUGAAAAUUAUACUUUACAGUACGUUAAAUAUAUCACCUAGGCCAUAUACAAUUUCCAACGAAUUCAUCUUUCAUUGCAAUACAAUGACAACAAUUGUACGAAUAAGUUGUGUGUACAAUGAAGUGUGAUGUUAAAUGAGAAGGGAACAAGCUAUCGUAGAAGAAACAGCGAGUGACGUAUCGUAAACAUACAUGUGUGAUGAAUUGAGAUGAAAAACUAUUUUUAUGUAUAGUAUGAGAAAAUUCUUCAAAUAUUUAACUGUUUAAGCUGGAUCAUCUUGGCCUGGUACUUAAACAACACUUAACAACGUAUCUAGAAAUUUUGUAACUGAACGAGAUUUCUUAGUCGAUUACUGUUUUAGUACCAGUGUAAAAUGAACUACAGAGUUGGAAUGUGUAAGGCUAAGAUUUGCGUGUGAAUAAAUCGAAACCGUCAGUGAUAUACCGUCGGAAUCUGGCGUAGUAUUAAGAACAAUGGUAUAUUUAAGUGUUAAAAUAUAAUUCACUUUGUAAAUACAACGCAAGUGGUUAGAAUGUACGAUAUUAAAUUAUAUUGCCAAACCAAUACAUUCUAAUCUUUAAUCUCGUAUACUGCUAAGAACGAAUUUUUUAGAAAAGUGAUGCCACGAUGUGGUAGAAAAUGAUACUUUAUUAUUUGUAUAAACCGUAUUGAUGUUAAUAAACUUGUAAGUUUUACUAUAAAUUCUACAAACGUGAAACGUUUCCAAAGAAGAUAAAAAGAAUAAUAUGUAUACUGUAACACUGUACAUUUACAUAUUCAAAUAUAAUGUUGGGUAGUA